AUGUGUGUGUGAACCCUCAGGUCCAGAAGGCUUCGGAGGUGGAGAAGGAGAACAUGGCUGUCCUGCAGCAGCUGCAGGAGAGGAACCAGGAGGCGCUGGAGGUAGCCAGGCGUAACCUUGAGGAGGAGAGGAAGAACUCUCAGGCUCUUCAGAAACGCGCGGCCGAGCUGCAGACUAAGGUAGAGGAGCUGGAGGGAGCGUGCUGUUUUCAGAAGAGAGAGCAGGACGCGGCGCUAGCCAUGCUACACAGCUCGCUAACGGAGGAGCGCCGUGCCGAGCUACAGCGACAACGCAGACACAUGGAGCAGGAGCUUGCCGUGAAGCUGCGAAGGCUGGAGGAGACAGGCCAGCUGGCGCAGCGGGAGGCUGAGCGACUGCGCCGGGAGAUGGGUGAGAGGGAGGAGAGCCACCAGAGGACCACAGCCACGCUGGAGCAGCAGCUGAGAGAGGUCACCCAGGGGCUGGUGGCCGAGGGCCAGCAGCUCUGCCUCCAGGUGGACCAGGGAGGAUCCAGAGGAGAGCCCCCGCAGCUCCCUCAGAGUCCUACUGCAGCCCAGGCCUGCCAGUACCUGCACGAUCUGAGGGUGCAGUCACAGAACUUCAUCCACCAUCUUCACCAGGAGCUGCAGUCUCAGAAACAGAACGCUUCCAGACUGAAGCACGCCCAGGAGCAGGAGUUGUGUAUCCAGAGGGAGAAGAUGGAGAUGGAGAAACAGCAGGCCUUGCAUUCACUGAAGGAGCGUCUCAUUCAGGAGCACGUGGAGGAGUUGAGCAGCGUGAGGCGGGGGCCCGGGGCCUCCCUACGAAGGCAACGGCAGGCCACAGACCAGGAGGUGAGGCAGGUCAAGAGCAGCAGGGGCCGGUUGAAGAGCCUGACCGGGUCUGAGGAGAAGCUCCCAGCUGAGGGGGAGAGACGGGUCGGUAGGAGCCAAGAGAGGGAGCCCAGGAGGCCUGAUGGAGCGACGAGCCUGGCGGGCGAGGUGGGACUGAAGCUCUAUGAGUCAUCCUCGUCUUCCUCUCUACCUCCUGUGUUCACGAGGAGAACGGUAAACUCUACUCUGGUCCUCGCUUCCUCCCAUCAGGCGUCGGGCGACUCUGGGGGACAUCGGCUGGUGGCAGACCCCUCCUGCCACGCACCCGGGUCCCCCCCCCGCCCAGCCUCUGACCCCGCCUCCCUGAGGAUCCUUCACCACCUCCGGAGCCGGAUCCGAGAGCUCCGCGCCGAGGGCCAGAGCGGCCCCUCCCCCGCUCCGCCCAGGCAGGGCAGCGACCUUUUGGGGUCCUACCUAGAGACGGUACGGCCCCCGGUUGAGAGGACUCGGACCGCCUGUCCCUUAGUAAGCUGAGGUCUUACUAGUCUGACAUUCAGUUUACUAUCCUGUGAUGACACGUUGGUAUCUUUUUUUUUUACCUUAUUAAAGAAAAUGUGUGAAACAUUGCAAAAAGACAUCACAUUCAUGUUAAAUGGACGACUAUUAGCCAUAUUAGGAUUUAUGAGUUCAUAGCGCAGAGGGAUGAGCUGCUCAUUUGGGGACUGAAAGGUUGCUGGUUCAUUUCGAGCAACCAUCUUUGAAUUCUCUGAGGAAGAGUUGGUUGCGUCGAUGUGUGAACUUGAAGGGCAAUGGCUGCAUAAGGUGUUCAGAUGUAAACCGUCAGCUCAGCAGUACGUUGACUAGGAACCGAAUAAAGUCCAUCUCCAAUACCCAUGAGAACAGUCAGCUCAUUAAAUGGACCCGAAAGGGAAGCUCUCCAAUGAGGAUCAGUGUGAGCGUACGUACACGCUCACAGAUCCUCAUUAUGUGUGUGUGUGUGUUCGUUGAGCACAGGUCCAUCCAAGGUGUGCCGUUAACAUGGAGCAGCUUCACUACUUAAAGCAGAGCUUUACGAGGCGUUAUGGUGACACGUGUCCCGUACUAAGAACAGCUCAGGGUCAGAGUGACCCAGUGCGGGGUGACUGGGUUCUUCCUUCCAUACAUCAGCACUUUAUCGUUUCACUGCCCAGGGUGAACUACGGGUAUGAAGCAUCAGGCUUCAUGCCUGAUGCUCCUCAUUUUACCUUAAAGGAGAAACCCCGUUUAACUACCAGUGUUGUGGUGAUAUUUGUAUAAGGGGGCAAAAUGCAAUAUUUAAUAAUAAAUAAUAUAACCGAUUUUAUUUAAAUUGAAACAUGUAUAUAAAGUGACACUCAAUGACUGGUUAUUACCCUUAACCAGGGUUUAUGCCAAAUACAUAAAAGUAUACAUUCAAAUCAUAAAACACUUUCCAAAACGCAAUGUCAUCAAAUCGGUGGAGGCUGGGUGAAAGACGCUCAUUCAAUCCUCAAACUCUAGAACACUUUCACAUGACAUCUCCAACACACAACUCAGGCGGCCAUGCUCCAGCGAAAGGGGAGAGGAACUACCAACUAUGUGGAUACGCUCAAAGGCUGAUCACAAACAGAUUAAGUCAAAGAUCGAAAGGAUUGAACAUCCAAGCUAGUAUUUAAGUGUGCUAGGCUGUCUAGGCUUUGGCAAAACGAGUAUUUGAAGCUGUAUCAAAGUGCAUCGACUGAGCCCACUAGACUG